CAAUUAAUAAAGAUUUCUUUGAGUACGUUAGAGUAAACUUUUAUUUUUUUGAUAGUGUAAUUUUUUUAUCGGGAACAUUAAUGGCACAUCCUAAUUAUUACAAAAUAAAAAUCGUACUAGAAGAUUAUGAGCACUAAGAAAGGAAUAUAACUCCAACCAUCAUGAGGAAACUAAAUGAUAAGACAACCUACUAAUUAAGACUAACUUAUAAUGAUGACUGAUGCCCUUGUAUCGAAAGGGCGCAUGUUUAUCAAUGUGGGGGUUAAUAUUGAAAAUACAAGAAGAAAGGAAAGGGGAUUUGUUUAGGUAUUAAUGUUAAUCAAUGUAGAAAAGCUAAUUAAAAAGAAAAUGCAUUGACGUGUUGAGUGUGGUACGCCAUACGCCAAAUUGCAAUAUUGCAUUUGCAUACGUGUGGAAGAGGAAGACUGACUGAGUGGACGGUUUUCCAUGAAUUGGCAAAGCUUUCUUCAAAUUCCAUCGCAACUCACAAGCGAAAACAACAGCUAAGAAAGCCAUAACCUCUUAAUUUGCCGAAAGGCAGGGAUAGGCAACGGUGCGGCACGAACUGGAUCUACGACAAUCUCAAUUCAAUUGUAAAAUAAAUUUCAGGACCAAAGAUUGGAUUAUUGUUGCAUUUGAUAAGUUUGAUUCAGUCCGUUUUUCUUCCAUGGUUAUAGAAUUUAUGCGAGCAAAAACAGAACCACAUUAUAUUCGAUCUAGUACGUAAUGUCGUAAUCCGAACCAAACCCUACCCAAAGCUAAAGAGUGAACUUUGGCCGGUGCCUUGGACGGCUUUUGGGCUUCGGAUUGAGCCCACUAAAAGUGAACACUUUCGAGUUCAACCACCCAAAAAGGCAAAACAUAGUAGCUCACUUAUGCUCCCUCUUGAACUCCUUUGCUUCUGGGCCCAUAUCAAUCCCGGCCCACCGUCAAUCUAAUCACAGCCUCCCAAAUUUCUCCCGGUCCCGGUUUCCGGGAAUAUUUUCCCGAGCAUAUCCUCGUAAAACAAUUCAUUCUCCGACGAUCUAAAAUCCCAGUUUCCUUAAUCCAACAAUCCCACUCAGUUCCACUUUCUUCCUCGUAUCACUGUCUCCUUCCAUGUCGUAACUAUUACUGUCAUGCCCGGAAAACUGCUCUCAGUUCACCCCCGGCGUUUCCAUUUCCUCUCCCACCUCACUUCAAUCCCUAAACCGCCCAACACGCCGAUCGAAAACCCAUCUUGGAAAUUAUCAACCGAUCACCAAUUCGGCCGGGUGCCAUCUCCUUAACCCAUGAAUCCGACGGUGGAGUUCUUCCCCGACGAAGUAAUCCUCCAGAUUCUGGUUCGAUUGCCGGUCAAGGCGCUCUUCCGAGCGAGAACGGUCUGCAAACGGUGGCUCUCGCUAUCCAAAGAUAAGUACUUCAUCCAAUUCUACAACGAACUAGCUGUGAAAAACUCGACGGUCCUAUUAGAUGUAUCCGAUUCCUCUGAAUUGAAAUCGACAUUAAUAUGCGUCGAUAACCUAGCUGGGGUCUUCGAAUUCUCCCUAGAUUUCAUCGACGAUCGAGUCAAAAUUAGGGCUUCCUGCAAUGGCCUGCUGUGUUGCUCCGGGGUCCCCGACAGGGGCUUGUACUACGUCUGCAAUCCGAUGACCAGGCAGUUCAAGGUGCUUCCCAGGAAUAGGGAAAGGCCAAUUACUAGGUUUUAUCCAGAUAGUGAGGCAACAUUGGUUGGGCUAGCCUGCGAUCUGACUCUGCACAAGUUCAAUGUCGUUGUGGCGUUCUAUCACCGCGCUUUUGGGCACAGGCCGGAUGGAACGUUCGUGUGCUAUGUGUUUGAUUCUGGGAUGAAUAAGUGGAGGAAGUUUGUGUCGAUUCAGGAUGAUCAUUUCACGCAUAUGAACCGGCACCAGGUCGUCUUUGUGAAUGGUUCGCUGCAUUGGUUGACCGGUAGUUGCUUGUUCGUGCUGGUGCUUGAUGUGGAGUGUGAUGUGUGGAGGAAGAUUUCGCUUCCGGAUGAGGUGAGUUAUGGGGUGGGGAACCGGGUUUAUCUGCUCGAAUUGGAGGGUUGUCUGUCGGUGGUGCAGAUCUCGGAGGCUUGGAUGAAGAUAUGGGCGAUGAAGGAGUAUGAUAGUGAAGUGUGGAGUGUGGUGGAUCGAGUCAGCUUGAGGUGUAUUCGCGGAAUGGUACCCGGGAUUUUCCCAAUUAGCCAGACGAGUGAGCAUGUGUUCUUGGCUACUCAUAAGCAGGUGCUGGUGUAUAAUAGGAAGACUAGAGUGUGGAAGGAGAUGUAUUCUCUGAAGACCAACAGCUCUUCGUUCCCAUUGUGGUUCUCGGCUCAUGCUUUUCGGAGUACAAUCUUCUCUUGCGACUGAGAUGGUAAAGAUUGAAUCUAUCUCCCGCUCUAUGUGUACAGGACUUUCCUAUUUGACGCAGCUCAGGCAUUAUGCUAUUCACAAUGUGAAUGUCCAAUAAGCCAACCAUUUCACUUGGAAUAGUGUCCUUGCCGCAUGUUAAUAAAUCUUCCAGUGUUUCUCUACAAAGGGUCUGAGUGUGGAAGGAAAUGUACUCUCUGAUGGCCACGACCUUAUAUCCAUUGUGGUUCUUGCCUCACAGCUUUGGAAGUGCAAUGGUCUCUUGCAGGUGAGAUCUGAGGUAGAGACUGAAUUUACUUGUGUUUACUGUGUACAUGAAUUUGCCAUGUCUAAUAAUCAUGCCUAUUAGUAAGGAAACCAAUUCAUUUGGGAACCGUGUCCUUGGCUCGUAUGUUAAUAAAAUGUGUACUCGAGGUCUAGAUAACCCACAAGGCGAAAAGGCUGCUUCUUCUCCUUGUACAUGUGUUUAUUUCUAUUCCCUGUCUAGACUUUGGUUGCGCAUGUUGUAUAAACUAUUGGUAGGAGAAAGAGAUAAUCUAAUUUGUGUUGUGUUGUGUUGUGUUGCAAAAAGCUGGCUGUCUCUGGCAUUUGGGAUUUAGUUUUUGCAUCAGAAACUAGCUGACUGAAAUCUUGCCAGAGAGUCCUCUGGUGCAGUGGUAUUUUGUUAUGGUGGUAUGGUUUAUGUCCUUUCCUGCUUGGAAGACAAGGCUGGGAGUCUGUAGCCAAUCCAUGGAUGAUGUUGCAAGCUUGUUGGACAAUGCCAAUGCUGCAUGAUUGGGAGGUUGUAUCCUUGGAACAAACAAAAAACUGUUUGUGGCAAAACGUUGCCUGUAGAUGUCGUUCGGUUCGGAUUAUGAUUGGUUGGUUGUUAUUGGUUUUGCAAACAAGUAGGCCGCGGUUGAAUUUGGUUAUUUUAUGGUCAAUGGUGGAAUUGAGGGAAGGAGCUCUGUUUUGAUUAAGCGAUCUGGGUUUAGCUUCGGGCUGCAAGUGAGCAGGAGAAGGCUCGACGGAAUAGCUAUUCUCCAUGUAGGAGAAAGCUGAAGUGCAUGUGCUUGCGAGAAAGUCUAGGACGGCGUCUAUGUAACAUUUAACCUCGUCCCUGAUCGAGUUCGACCAUGGUUCACGAAGUUUGGAUGGGAAGUAUCAAGUAUAAAAAUAGACAGGUUUGGGAAUGGGGUUGUAGUAGAAGCCAGAAGGGCAAGUUUGACAUAAAAAUGUUAGAGGCAGGUUCAGAAAACCACAAAAUGUAGAGGGGCAAUUUAUGUAUUAAGUAUUAACCCUAAGAAAUAAUGUAAAGACUCGUUCUUUGAAGCCUUUCUCACAAGUCGCAAUUAGUGAUGGGAAUAGGGUGGGAUGGAGCGUGACGAGUACAUCGGGACGGGUACAUCAACACUAAUACUUGUUUCGCACUAAGAAAUUAAUACUUGUUUCGCACUAAGAAAAAAAUAGGCAAAAUACCCCUGUAUAGUCAUAACUUUCACACUUUUGACAAAUAUAGCCAUUUCUAUUCGAAAACCACAAAUAGCCAAUUCUGUCCAUUUUGGUAACGGUGUUAGUAGACGUUAUGACUGUACUAACGGCUUGCGCUAAGUUGGCCACUGAGUUACCCCACCUUCCGACGUGGAAAAAAGAAGAAGAUGAAAG